GCAGGCUUUCACCGCAGUAGGGGAUGUACAUUUGAACGUCAAAUUCUAUUCAAAAGCAGUCUUGCAAUGCCUGCAAACGCGAUGAGGGUAGUAAGAGUGGUAAUAUUCCUUGUGCUCGUGCCUGGAAUCAUGAGCACAUCAAACCCAGAUUAUCCGAAAGAGGAAACUAUAGAUGGACCCUCUGCAGCGUGCCCGACCGGCAAGAGUGAUGUUCUGUUUGUUGUUGAUGCGUCUUCCAGUAUCUCUGUCGAGAAGUUUGAUUCCAUGCGGAGUUUCAUCGUUAAAAUCAUAGAGACAGAGAAUGUGAAAUUAGGCCGGGACAAUACACAGGUUGGAUUAGUGAUGUUCUCUGAUGACGUUGUGGCAAACAUUCCUUUCAACAAGUACUACGACAUCAAGGAGUUCAAUGAGGCCCUAACCAACCUGACCUAUGUGAGGGGCGAGACAAAUCUUGGGAUCGCCCUCCGGUAUGUUCGUACUAAGGCCCUUACGCCUGAAAAUGGAUUGCGGCCGACAUUCCCUCAUGUCGUGAUCCUGAUGACGGACGGAUGGGCAACCGAUGGUGUCCUCGCCCGAGCCGAGAUGAAGCUUCUCAAGAAGACCGGGGUGACCACAUUAAUUGUGGCGAUAGGCCAGUCAGUGGACAAGGCGGGCCUGAAGGCACUAGUGAACUCGCCUGAUGACGUGGUGAUGGUGGAUACUUGGAAAGGCCUCCCGGACAAAGUUCCCAACCUGAGGAAGAAAUCAUGUCAGGAGAUUCAGAAAAUACAACGUUGCAACACGACAUACAAGGCGAAUGUCAUAUUCAUCGUCGACAGUUCCACAAGCAUUGGGGAGGAAAAUUUCAAAGUGCUGAAAUCUUUCCUCGUGAAUGUCACCCGAUCAUUCAAAGUCAUCGGAAAGGACGGCAUCCAGGUUGGAAUGGUCCAGUAUUCGUCUUACAGCAAGACGAAGGCGAUAUUCUACUUGGACACUCAUAACGACCGAGAGAGCUUAGAGGCCGCCAUCAACGGACUAGAGUGGACGAAAGGAAGCACCAAGACGGGCUAUGCAAUGGUUAUGGCAGAUAAGUGGAUGUUUCAGGGCGCAUACAGGAAAAACGUUAAUAGUACCUUUAUCGUGGUCACUGAUGGGAAGGCUAAUGAUAGAGUAGAGGUUGCUGCAGCGCGACUCCACAAGAAUCAUUACACAGUACUGGCAGUAGGCAUAGGUAACGAGGAAACUGUGGAUGGGAAAGAAUUGAACACCAUCGCCAGCGAGCCGAAAGAAGUCCAUGUUUUCAACCCCAAAGACUUCAACGAACUGGCCCACUUCUUGAAAUAUGUCGUGACAAGUGUUUGCAACACCGACAUCGUGAAAAGCAAGCAGCAGCUAGAGGAGAAGGCUGCUGAAAAUAGCGCUGACUAAUUUUCGAAAACUAUUGGUGUAGCGGCAGGUUUGCAACAGUCUGUCUUACUACUGGUCACCACGGGUUGACCAGGGUAGUUGAUAAAGUAUGGAAUUAGUGAAACCUUGGAAACACUGAUAAACCUUGUAAUAUUCAAUGUAAACCAUGGAAUCACUGUGCAAAUAGCGCGGGAAAUCGGGUGCGUUCCUUCCACGAUUUAUACCCUCCCAACUGACAGUCUCGUCCCAGCUGACUUUAUUGAUAGCAAUUUGCCAGUUAGUUCAGAAGCCAACAUUUUUAAUGUGGAGGAUGACGUCAUCAAUUGGCAAUGCGCUGUGGUCGUUAAAAUAUUUUAUUUCUCUUCAAUGGAAGCAAAAAUUAGUUUUUAUGAUUGUUUUGUAUUCCAUAGACGAUAAAGUAUUAUGCUCGGUACUAGAUGCACGAGAUCAUAGGACAAACACACACGUGAAUAAAAAAACCGCUUAGAACUGGUGACGUCACAAAGAUCUCUGCAUCCCUCGAUGCGUACUGGAAGAUGUAAGAAAUCGCUCACGGCGAAGGAAAUUUUCAUCCGCAAACUUCGGUAAUAAACAUACAUGACUAGGCUUCUUUUAUUCAUCGUUUGUUAUAAAAUAUCAGUCAAUCAUAGACAAUUAGGCCUAGACAUAGUCGUCAACCUUAUCCAUGCAUAAUGCAUGACAGGCCCCCAAUUUUCUCUGUAUCACCCUGUAUGAACAGACCGAUCCGUAGUUCAAAUAGGCCCCGCGUGGUGUUGGCGUAUUUAUAAGCGAAGCGCUAUUGGUCCAUAUUAUGGGUGUGUGGUGGGCGUGUCUUCCCAUAUUUGGGCGAUCAGUACUGUACACUGGAGGCGAGGUACAACUGGGUUGUUCUAAAAUAUAGACUAUUGAAUCGGAUAUGCGACAGAUUUCUAAAUUACCAUAAAAUUCCGAUCUGAUCAUGUAAGAAUAAGCUCCAAAUGUUGAUUCGUAACCACGUUAGGUUCGAAUGGCAUUAUUUCAUGUUUUUAUGCAUUUUAAGGAGUGUUUCCAAGGUUUAUCAGUGUUUCCAAGGUUUCACUAAUUCCAUACUUUAUCACCUACCGUUGACCAGGGCCUACAUUGUGAUCGUUGUCAUCGCGUCAUCCACCCGUUUGAAUUGCAGUCUAUAUACAAAUACAUGUAAGAGCAGGUUUCCAAUGAGUGCGACUGCGUCGCGAAGGCGCACGUCACGGCUUUGUUAUGCUCCACUGCUCCCGAACCAGGCAACAAGGCUUUAUUUGCUUUGCGAUGUCGCAUGUGCUGUGCGAUCCAAGCAAAAUCGCAUACGAUUAGUGGAAAAAACAUACUCUUCGUUGAACGCGAUUUUCCUUGAAUCUCACAGGACAGGACAUGCCUAAUAACAGAACCAAGUACUUUGUUUGAGUGUUUGGGUGUGCAAUGGGGCGUAAAGUAAUGAAACCGCACACUAGCGUUAUCGCAAUCGCUUACAGUGGAAAUCUACCCUACAUAAGAACGCUGCAGCAAGCACAAAUCGCGACAGUUGAUUCCACGAUCAAAAGUCGUCGUCAGCUGUGGCGAUUUUAGUGUCGGCGUUGUUGUAGCCGUAUCCUUGCGUCUAGUCAAGGUACUGAUUCUGUAUUCAUGGUGAUUAGAACAAAUGCAAGUUCUACGAUCGCAUUCCGUCUGGUUACAGAUGGUGACCUCCUACCCACAAAAUAUUGCUGUACGAGUGCAACAGCGGACCCCAUCUAUCUCAAAUUCUUUGUUGCAUGUCGUCGAUUCAUCUUGAAUUGUGGUUUUAAAUUAUCUGCCCGUUUGACUAUACUCCCGGACGCGAAAUUUUUUUUCCUACGAACUUUUUGUCCUCAUUUGCAUAUGAGCAUGCGCACUCUAGUCAAACAUCCACUUUGCCGCAUCGCAUUGACAGUGACAAUGGAAGAACUCGACCGUGAUAGUUUUCUCGUUAAAUGCGAGCAUUGUUCGAACGCCAUCCUCUAUCAAUAAAGUUCUUUUGGCGGUAGGUUUUGAUGGCAGAGAAACCAACUGUUUGAUGAAUCUGUCAGUAGCCUACAUCAUUGUUAUUUGAUCCAAAUCGCCGUAAUUUACUCAUCAGACUGAGCUACGUUUCCACAGAGAUUUAGCCUAUAGGCUACAUACAUCAUGUACAUGAUACACAUGUAUUAAGAUCCAAGUUCUUUUCACUGUCAAUGCGGCUAAGUGGAUGUUUGACUAGAGUGCGAAUGCGCGUAUGCAAA